AUGUCUCCCGAAAGUUCAAGCUCACUUGCAAAUAAUACAAGAAAGCGAAAAAACGAAAAGCCAAACUACAGAGCAGCACACGAAGAAGAAGAGUCUAAAACAGAAAAACAAUUUCUUCAUGGCUAUUAUACUCUUAAACCGAAUGAAAUAGAAGAAGACGAGAAAUUCGAGUUAGUCGGAGAAGACCCUGUUGAACAGAUGGAUGAAUGUGGGAGAGAGACUAUCAGAUGCCGCACUAUCGAUGAUUUUGUUGCGUACGACUUGGCACGAAAUAACAAAAUCAUCUGUAUUGAAGAACACGACACGGGAGAUACUGAUAUGAGAAUUGAAUACACCGAAGAUGAACAAAGUGAAGUAUGGCUACGUACUCAGUUUGCAUGGUAUAAGCUUCUUAAUCCAGCACCCGAAUAUAUACAGUACUUUGAUUCUUUAUUCAAACGAGUCAAACUCACCAACAAGGUCAUUCUCUCCAUGGCGACUGAUACAUCAACCACGUACGAUGAAUUUAUCUCCCACAAACUCAACAAUAACUCUUCAUCAGCAAGCGAAAGUAACUGUACAAGUCACUUCACCGCACAAGACAUCAAAGAUAAUUUAGAUUUUAUAAUCAGUGAGUGUACCGAAUGGCUCAACCAACAGUGUAUACCUGAAUUGGCUGAUUGUCCGUUAUAUAAUACGCUAAGAAGGAUGAUGAAGUCAAACAAAUCCAAUAACACUAUUCAGAAUGAAGUAAUGGAACGAAGAGCUAACUGUAAUAUAAAGUUCGGCACUGAGAAAACCAGUCAAAUAUGCGUUACGCCUUUUAUCAAGAACUUAACCGGGGGUCUAUUCGCACGUGAUUCAAUAACAGUUAUACAAUCAACGGCCCCCAAUUCUGACGAGGAACAAAUGAUGUCAGUUGAUGUAGGCCCUCUGGUAGUGGAUGAUCACAACACUCGCGACAUACAAUGGAUGGGUACUCCGAUAGCGCGUAAUAAAUUACGUGUUUAUUAUGAUUCAGGCAUAAUCAAUGGAGAAUUAUUCCAUUCUGGAGAUAUCGUAUAUGUCAGGAACGAUAGAACGAAGGAACCAGUGUUUGCUAAAAUAAUGUAUAUGUUCGAAGAUAGUUCACGAAAUAAACUAUUCCAUGCAAGAUUUUUUAUACAUGGUAGGGAUACCGUGCUUGAAGAACUUGCUGACACGAGAGAACUAUUCUUAUUGAAUAGUUGCUCUGAUAGACUGUUGGAACAUAUAUUAAGCAAAGCCAAAGUCAAAUGUCUCGAUCAGAAGGAAUCGGGAUCGACACAAUCCAAUGAUGCGAUCUACUUUUAUCGUUUUUGGUAUGAUGAAGAAUAUGCUGUAUUUGAAGACGUAAAAUCACACGAGAACAAUGAUUUUGUUUUUGUACAUUGCGAAGAUAAUGAACGUUGUCGUUCAUGUGAAAAAGGAAUGGAUGAAGAAUUUAAUAGCGUGCCAAGAUGGAUAGGAAAUAACAUUCAGGACGGCAUCAAGUGCAAAAAUCGAGAAUAUCACGUAAAUGACUUUGUAUUUUUAAAUACAAGUAACACAGAAACACCAUAUGAUAUCGGGCAGAUAGCAGAGGUGUUGUUGGACGUGGGGAAUAAAGAGAAUAUUGCUAGAUUAACGACGUCAAAUUUGAAAGGAAAAACCGAUAACAAACUGAAACCAGCAUAUGCUAAACUAGUUGUCAGACGCCUUGGCAGAUAUGACGAUAUUAUCAAGCUUAAGCACAAGAACAGAGCCCAAACGGAACCAAUACGAGAAGUACGAGAUGCGCGCAAACUUUAUUUCACUGAUGAACUGCGUGUUGUUACCGUUGAUAGUCUGGAGGGAGUAUGUUGGAUAGCGCAUUACGAUGACAUUGAUGAUUUGGACGCCUAUAAAGAUGAGCCGGAUACAUUUUAUGUAUGCGCAAAGACAACUAAGAUAUUGGAUGCUGAAAAUAUGGAAAGUAUAGGAAAAGAUAGCUUUCCCGUAUGUAGCAAAUGUCGCGAAAAGCGUGCAGAGCAUAUGCUGAAGUUUAAGAAAUUUAUAAAGCAUACUCAGAAAACGAACAAGAAAUUAAAAGCGAUGGAUAUAUUUUCAGGAUGCGGCGGUAUUACUAUUGGAAUGGAUAAAACUGGAGUUGUGACUACGAAAUGGGCCAUUGAACUCUCUGCAAGCGCUGCUUUAACGUUCAAGGAGAAUAAUCCGGAUGCUAUUACAUAUAACCAGUGCGCUAAUCGUCUUUUGCAGCGUGCAAUUGCCGAACAUGAUCGGAAAGAAAUUCCAGAAGACUUGCUUGAUUUAUCAGGCAGCAAAAUCCCGAGUAUGCCAGCUCCGGGAGACGUCGAUUUUAUUUAUUGUGGUCCACCAUGCCAAGGAUUUAGUGGAGUUAAUAGAUGGAAAAAAGCUGAUGACAUAAAGAACUCGCUUGUCGCAACCGCUCUAUCGUAUGUGGAUUACUAUCGUCCAGAAUACUUCCUCCUUGAGAACGUUCGCGGAAUGCUAGCGUUCCGUUUAGGGGGUGAGCAGGAUGGCCGUACUAAAAUAAAAGGGGGUAUAAAUAUGGGCGUUGUAAAAUUUAUACUUCGUGCUCUAACUGCUAUGGGCUAUCAGACACGAUUUGGCGUUCACCAAGCAGGACACUAUGGAGUGCCUCAGAGCAGGCGACGUUUAUUCUUUUGGGGUGUGAAGAUCGGAUCAAAGUUACCCGAUUUUCCUCAGCCUAUUACUUGUUUCUUAUUCAAUGGAUCCGUAAAUGUAAGCAUGCCGAAUGGAAAGAGUUUCAGUUAUGUUAAGAGGACGGGUGGAAGAGCACCUCACGCAGCCAUUACAGUUGGAGAUGCUAUUGAUGAUCUACCUGAAUUCGAAUACAUUAAUCCACAUGAAAUAUAUCCACCGACGGAAAAGGAGAAAAAGGAGAAACCAAGGUGGAAGAGGUUACAUGUUAACACGAUAGGAUGGGUUGGUGAUAUGACUAUGAUAUAUAAAUCGCCACCACUCUCAGAAUUUCAGCGACAAUGUCGGAAGGAGGCUAAGGAACUAUGGAAUCAUGUAACUAGACCAUUCAAUAGUAUUACUGUCGAAAGAGUCGUUCGUGUACCGCUCUUUCCUGGGGCUGAUCACCAUGACUUACCUGAGAAGUUGAGACCGUGGUGCUUAAGUAAUCCCAAUUCGGCGGCUAGUAGACAUGGUGGGUGGAAAGGUCUCUACGGUAGAUUAGAUUUCAACAAACAUUUCUCAACUGCACUGACAGAUGUCAACCCUAUGGGCAAGACAGGCACUGUGAUUCAUCCAAAUCAGAGACGUAUUCUCACGGUCCGAGAAUGUGCUCGUGCUCAAGGUUUCCCAGAUCAUUUCAUAUUUCACAGUGACAGGAACAACAUGAGAGAUUGUUAUCGUCAGAUAGGCAACGCUGUUCCUCCACCUCUUGCGUAUGCUCUGGCGAUGGAAUUGGUUUACGUAUUGUUUGCAGACAAAUAA